AUGAAUAAUUCUACUGGUUCACAAAGAAGCAUUUACAUAAUUGAGAAAGUUCCAAUAGGUUUAUCCCUGAGCCCUUCUCAUUCUCAAUCAGUGUCUGAGUUUAUUAAGAACAUAGAACAAAUAUUGUGGAGGAAAAGGGUGAAAAUGAAAAGAAGAGAAAAAUACAGUGUGGUGACAAAAUUCUACCAGCACACCCUUUCCUUGGCUUUUGCUAUAAAAGAGAUAAAUGACAGCCCCAAGAUCUUGCCCAAUCUCACCCUUGGAUUCCACAUCUAUGACAGUUAUUACGAUGCAAGGAUGACCUAUCGGACAACUUUGGACCUACUUUUCAAAUCACAUAGAUUUGUCCCCAACUACAAAUGUGACAUUCAAAAAAACCUUAUAGCCAUCAUUGGGGGACUUAGCUUUGAUACCUCCCUCUCUAUGGCUGACACCAUAGACCUCUACAAGAUACCACAGCUCACAUAUGGGUCAUUUCCUCCAGGGGAGAGUGAUGCCGACCAGUUCCUUUCCUUUUACCACUUGGUUCCCAGUGACAGCCAUCAGUCUAUUGGGAUCAUCAGCUUACUAAAGCAUUUUGGAUGGAAAUGGAUUGGACUUUUUGUUUUGGAAGGUGACGGUGGAGAAAAUUUCUUGCAGACUCUGGAACCAUUGCUUUCUAGGCACGGAAUCUGUUCAUCCUUCACACAUAAAAUACCACACGUAGCCAAUAUAGAUAAGCUGAGUGAAACUGUGGAUGUGCUCUUCAAUAUUUAUCUCUCUUUAACAGAUGAUAAAGUCAGUGCAUGUAUAAUCUUUGGAGAAUCUUUAACCCUUAUAUGGAUGGGAGGUGUACUAGUUCUAGGAGAUUCUGAAAAGAAGGGAAGCUCAUCAUUUAGAAAGGUGUGGAUCAUAACAACCCAGACUGAUUUCAUAUUAGUGGCUUUCCAAAAGCUUUUAGAUCUUCAGACCUUUCAAGGUUCCAUUUCCUUCACAAUUCAUUCAAAAGAGCCUCCGGGGUUCAAUGAAUUUCUUCAGAGCAUUAAGCCUGAUAAAAUAAAAGAAGAUGGUUUUCUUAGGGACUUCUGGGAGCAAGCAUUUGACUGUACAUUCCCAAACCCCAGUUUGACAACGGAAGCCAAUGAAUCAUGUACUGGGGAUGAGAGGCUAAUGAGCCUUCCUGGACCUCAGUUUGAAAUGGGGAUGACUGGCCACAGCUACAGUAUCUACAAUGCUGUCUAUGUUGUGGCUCAUGCUUUGCAUGUCAUUUACUCAACAAGAGCAAAGCAGAGAGCAAUGGCCCGAGAUAAAAACUAUGAACAUCAGAAUCUGCAACCUUUCAAGCUCCACCCUUUUCUUCUUGACAUUGCAUUUAACAACUCUGCUGGAGAAACAGUGAGUUUCAAUGGUAAAAAGAAAACCGGAGGUGCUCUUGACAUCAUGAACAUAGUUAUAUUCCCAAACAAGUCCUUCCUUCGAGUGAAAGUUGGUCAAGUGGACAAUGAUGCCCUUGAAGCAAGAAGAAUCAUCAUUCAGGAGGACAAGAUUACAUGGCACAAAGGUUUUAACCAGGUGGUGCCUAUUUCUGUGUGUAAUGACCACUGCUCCCCUGGUCAUCAGAAGAAAAGGAAGGAAGGGGAGAAAUUUUGCUGCUAUGAUUGUGCUCCAUGUCCAGAAGGGAAGAUUUCAGACCAGAAUGAUAUGGAUGACUGUUUCAGAUGCCCAGAAGACCAAUAUGUAAACAGGAACAAAGAUGGAUGCAUCUCCAAAACAAUGAGCUUUCUUUCUUAUGAAGAACCCUUAGGGCUCAUCUUAGCCCCAAUUGCUAUUUGUUUCUCCAUUGUCACAACUUUAGUGUUUUUAGCUUUUGUGAAGCACAGAGAUACACCCAUUGUCAAAGCUAACAACCGAGAUCUCACCUACAUUCUCCUCAUCUCUCUUCUGCUCUGUUUUCAAUCUUCUUUGCUAUUCAUUGGCAAACCAGGGGAAAUGGCCUGCUUCCUCAGACAACCUACUUUUGGCAUCAUCUUCUCUGUGGCUGUUUCUUGUGUGCUGGCCAAAACCAUUACCGUAGUUGUAGCUUUCAUGGCCACCAAGCCAGGGUCCAGCCUGAGGAUGUGGGUGGGGAAAAGACUGGCCAACUCCAUUGUCCUUUCCUGCUCUUUGAUUCAAGCAAGUCUGUGUACUCUCUGGUUGGCAACUUCUCCCCCAUUCCCAGAUUUAGACAUGCACUCACUAAUGGAAGAAAUCACUGUGCAAUGUAAUGAAGGGUCUGUGACCUUGUUUUCCUGUGUCCUGGGCUACAUGGGCCUCCUGGCUUUCUUCAGCUUCCUCUCAGCAUUCCUGGCCCGCAAAUUACCUGACAGUUUCAAUGAAGCCAAGUUCAUUACUUUCAGCAUGUUGCUCUUUUGCAGUGUUUGGUUGUGCUUUGUCCCAACCUACCUGAGCACCAAAGGGAAGUACAUGGUGAUGGUGGAGAUCUUCUCCAUCUUGGCCUCUAGUGCUGGCUUACUGGGCUGCAUCUUUGCCCCAAAAUGCUAUAUUAUCAUGCUGAGGCCAGAGCUGAACAACAGAGAGCAACUAAUAAGGAGAAAGAAUUAA